GCCAUAAGCUUUGUUACGUUUGGACUUGAAUAAUUCGGAUUACACUUUAUCGAAAAAGGGAGCUUUUAAAUCCAUGUGCUUUCCUUCACAUUGUUGCGUUUUCCACUUUUUCAUUCUCUUUGAGGUACUGAGAGCAUUCUUACAACUUGGUUGAUUUUAUCAUGCAACGGUAUGAGUUUUCGGAUUUGUGCAAUCGCUUGGAUCCUGUAGGUUCUUUUGAUAAUUGACUGGUUCAAUCUAGUAACUUGUCUGUUGCAAGUGAACCCUUCUCCCUUCUUCUCGAACUAUUUGAAGUUCUGAGGAUCAUUUUGUCUUACGUUUUAUUGUGGCCAUGGCUGGAGAGCUCACGCGGGCUGGAGUGAUAAAGAUUGAUGAUGAUUUCGCUGGGUAUUCACUGGAAUCCUUUCUAGUGCCGCAGCACUAUUCCGAGGAUUUGGAGCAUGUACUGAUUCCUCAUGGUUUGCUGUGUGACAGAGUUGAGCGCAUGGCAUUGGACAUUCUGUCCAGUUAUCCACCGGGAGAGCCUGUUAUCUGUGUGUGCAUUCUAAAGAGUGCAGUGGGAUUUUUCACCGCUUUAACCGGCGCUUUGCAGCGCGUAAAUCUGCUGUGUCAUCCCGGAGGUCGCAGCUCCAGUGAAAUGUACUCGUUGACCUCGUGGGAUGAAAACGGCAUUGAUCAGGCGCACCACAACGCUACCCGGCCACUUUUCUUUGAGUUUAUUCGCGUUCAGAGCUAUAUGGACGACCAUUCAUCGGGAUCUGUGGAGAUUCAGGGGAUCAUGAAUAUGAAAGCAUCCAUUCAGGGAAAGAAUACAUUAAUUGUGGAAGAUAUGAUUGAUACGGGAGCAACAAUGCAGAAAGUUCUGGAGCAAUUCGAAGCUUUUGAUCCGAAAUCAUUGAAAGUGGCAACGCUCCUCCGCAAACGCUGUCCUCAUGGAACGGGAUAUAUGCCUGACUUUGUUGGUUUUGAUAUUCCCGACAAGUUCGUUGUGGGCUUCUCCAUAGAUUACAAUCAACAUUUUCGCGAUGUUCCGCAUUUAUGCGUCGUUAAUGAUAACGGCAAGCGCAAGUACGCAUCCAAACAGAAGGUGUGAUGAUCUGGAUCUUUGAACCCUACUCUAGAUUCUGAUGAUGUGACGCAGUUCUCUGAUAUACAGAUUUUAUUAGAAAUUCGACUUGGAUGUCUCCUAUAGGUUACAGUAUUAGCAAAAGAAAAUUUAUUGACAAUUUCUGCAGAGCUAAUGGUUUACGAUAUGGGUUUACAUCACAUUGCAAUUGUAGCGGUUAAUCUUUGAUUAAUAAAAAAUCGAUAAAAAACGUUAACGUCUUUGGAAGAAGGUUUACGAUUUUCCGGCACUUUUCGUGUCCGUUCGCCCAAAUUGUCUAAACCAGUUCACCAUCUGCACGAAGGAGUCACUCUCAGCUUCGAUUUCAGCAAUAGGAUGAUCUGAAUCUGGAUAGCGCAACACUUUCGUCGGUACA